GCCCGCUAGUGGGAGGUUUAUAAACGCUAGCACAUGUCGACAUGUUAGUGAUAGAACCGGUUCGCUUGUGGCCCUACUAGUGGGGAUUAUACACUAGUAACUUCUGUAGCCUGCCAGUGGGAGGUUUAUAGCACUGGCCAUAACUAAUAGAGGAGACCACUACGUGAUUUUUUUUUGCAUUAAUGAUUUGUUAUUGAAACGCUCUGUUCUUGAAACGUUUUGUUCUUGAAAUGCUUUGUUCAUGUUUUAAACCGAUUAUUUGGCAUGCUUUUAAACUUUGAUGUCGGGCCCCCAUGUUUACUUACUGAGAUAUUUUUAUCUCACGGUUUCCUUGUCCACCAUUUCAGGUAGUGAGACCCGACGCGUGGGAAGCCCGGGGGAGUGACGAGCUAGACGGCUAGGCACUUUUGGACUUAGUUUUCGUAGCUAAGCCAUUAGUCACCCAUGCUUGACUUAGAAAUUUUUGUGUACAGAACCGCCUUAGUUAUGGUCACGGUUGUGUAAAUGAAGUUAUAAAUCUUUGUACAUUUUGACAAGUAAAUAGUUGGAAAGGAAAAGAAAUUAGAUAUUACCUGAGUUUCUAAAUCUGAGUUAGUGAUAUGAACUUAGUAAGUUCCGAGCCUUGUGCAUUUGUGGGAUCCCCUCACAAGUGCACAGCGUCUGCCACGUCCCCGGAUUGGGUUCUGGGGCGUGACACAAAGAAAGACGCAAGUGGGAGAAGUCACGCAAAAUAGAUGAACAAGGAGCAAGGGCUUUCAUCAAUGCCAAGAUGCAGCAAACAAGCGACAUAUGUGAGUAGGAAGGAAAUUGGAGAGUGCAGGAUGCAAAUUAAGAAUAGGGUUCUUU